UCAAUACCCGUGUUUUCUCAACUUGUUGAUGUUGAUCCUUUCUUUUGUCAUAUCUCGCUUAGGUCCGUUCUGUACUUGCAUCUUCUCCAAAGUCAAUCUUGUAGAUGGCACCAACGUUAGGACCAACAUUUGGACGCCUGUUAAUAUCUUUUGUAAUCGACCUCAUAUUCUAUGGUGUAUCAUUGGUCUUGGGUUUACUGUACUUUCAUCGUUUUAGUCAACGCGAUUCUCUGAAAACCAAAGCGGUGGCCUUUUUUCUUAUUCUCUUUUCGACUAUUCAAGUCAGCACAUUCAGCGCAUGGAUCUACAACAGUUUUGUCGACAAUUUCGGUGACCUAGAAAGCCUCAACCGUCUACCCUUAUCGACCAUUGUUCAACUACUUGCUGAUUACAUCGUUUCUUUCAUUGCUCAAGGGUUCUUUGUAUUCCAAAUCUGGACCUUUAGCCGAAAAAAUCUGUGGUACACUACCCCGGUGGCGGUACUGGCCCUAGUGAGCAUCAUCGCUGCAAUGAUACAAACAGUUUCAGUCGCUAUGCGAUCUACCGUCAGUGGUAUGGAUAACAGAACAGAUAAAAUCCUGGCCAUCCUGCAGACGAGUGCAGCUGCGGCAUGUGAUGUCCUGAUAACAAGCACUCUCUGCUUCCUCUUACAUAGCAACCGGUCAGGAGUUAAAGCAACGGAAACGAUAGUCGACUUGUUACUAGCCGUCAUCAUCAACCGGGGACUCGUGACAAGCAUCACAGCGGUAUUAUCUCUGAUUUUGUACCUUUCUCCGAGUCUCCAACACACUAUGACUUUUAUGAUUCCAAUGAAUGUGAAUUGCCAAUUCUACGUCAUAUCGGUUAUAGGAAGCUUGAACUAUCGGAAUCACAUACGCUCGUCAUCCAGUUCGAAAACGCAAGAUUUAUUGGACAAUACAGGGACCACCGAUAUCAUACCACUCAGGAAUAUAGGAUUGGGGCAUUCGGAUGAGGCCAAUAUACGCAUAACGAUGACUCCUCCCUUCGACGAUUACCAAGAACGUGAGGCCCAGGGGGAAAGAAAACAUGACAUAAAGCCGACAAUUAGAUAAUUUAAACCUAACUUCAACAUCAUGAAAGAGCGACUCGUCAACUCGGUUUUAUGGAAUUCAGUUACUCGUACUUGUCUUUACAAGAAUAUAUAUAGUUUUUAUACAGAGCGGAGAUAUAUAGGAACUUGGUUUCGACCCUGCUUGUCUCUGUCGCCCCGUACCCAUGGUUGUAAACUAGAA